AUGGACAUUGAGCUGAUAAGUGCAGUGGUCGUCUCGUAUUCAAAGAUACUGCAUGAGAUGCAGGAGAUGAAAGCUGAUAUCAGGGCGAUUGCAAUGAGUAUGAAGAAGGAAGUGUCUGCUGUGCACUCGGCAAUGGAAAGCAGUCAAGAACCAUGCAUUCAUAUUGAAAGCCAGAGCGAUUCCAUUGAUGCACACAAUAUUGCAAGCAGUAAUGGAAUUAGUAGUAAUGUAGCUGCUAAUGGCACAGCUGAGAAUGGUAUAAAUGCCAACAGCAAAGAUGCUAGCAAUGCAAUUGAUGCAUUGGCUGAGAAUCCCAGCAGUCCGUAUGCCUGGUUUUUUAGUGAGAUUGAGAAUGAAAUAUGA